AGCAUCAUUCCUACCUUUUCGGGACUGCAGCCUAGCUGUGCAUAGAUGCGUAUGUGGGAAUGUGAUGAGUGGCUUACGAGCGUACUUGAACUCGGAGCUCCCUGAAUAUACUAUUGAUAUCUGAGUACACCUCCUGGUAGAACUCCUUUGCUGAAGAGUUUGCGCACAAAUAUGACGCCAGAGAUACACCAAUCUACACCCACAACCGAAGGAACCACCAGGGAUGGGGCGAUAAAAUGGGAAAUCGAAUUCGAGAUCUUAGACGAUGAGGAGUACUUAGACAGUUCCCAAACCAACACCGAAGAGGAGCUAUCAAUACCACGCGAGGUAAUCGCAGACGUCGUUGGCCGGUCCCGACUUGUCGCUGAACUGGAACGACCCAUCAAAAUUGGAACAUAUAAGGGAUUGCCGGCCUAUCUCCUUCGAACGCACUUUGCCUUCCAGCGUGCGUCUACCAAUUGGCUCUACCGCGUCCAGCAAGCUGAGAUCACCAUUGAGUUCGAGGAUGCCCCCUAUGAGAGCGGAAAGAAAGCGCAGCAUCCAGCGGUGGCUGCAUUCCAUCCCGAGUUGUUCAAAGGCGAGAUAACACCCGCGCUUGUCACCGAAUCGGCGAGUGCGUCGAUCAAUGCGGGAUACAUAUCCGCAGGUGCUGAGGUUGGAGUAGAGAAAAGCAGAACUUUUGUAAGUCUAGAGAAGGGUCGAGUCGUAGUCCAUGGUGUCCGAGGCGGCGGCCGGAACCACAACAUCAUCAGCUGGGUGGUCGAACAGGACUCGGUCGCAAAAGCCGGGAUCCCGCGAGCCAUCCGUCUCCCUCUCAUUGUUACCAGACCUAUCGGGGGGCGUUUUUCAGCUCGUGUGACCAUCACGGCGCACUAUGGAUUCUGGCGAGGCAAAUUGGCGCGCAGUAUCCCAGUUGUUGGAAAGAACAAUGACCAGCUGUACUUUGACCCUGCAACUCUUGCAGCAAUGGCUGAAACAGGGGAGAAGGGCGUCGAUGGCACGGCGGUUGCGGAACAGGUAGGAGCACUCGAUGACGUGGAUCUUGUGAGCUGGAGUUCGCUCCCGAAUUGAAGGGGCGUGAUGCUUUGACACUUAUUAGGAAAGAAGGAGGGGAACGUUUUGGUCGGGUACGCUAAACGGUAAGGGAAAGGGAAAGGACAAGAAAAGACAGGAUUAUACAGUCCCAGUUCAUGAUUGUAUAACUUGAUUGAUUCGUCCAAAGGAGGACAAUCUGCGG